CGGUCGAUCAUCGUCGUCAGUUCGCUUCAAAGUCUUUCGGCGAUCGGUCGAAUCGCGCUCUUUUCACUGGGCUCUCACCGUAGUGAACCGACACGUCCGUGGUAACCCUUUUUGCCGAGUGUAGUGUAGGCCAACCGGGCUCGCUCGAAGAAAGUCGUGGCCUGCUGCUGCUGCUGCUGCUGCUGCUGCUUGUUACCAUAACUGUUCCGUGUUCCGAAUCUUGCGCGUCUUUCUGCCUUUCUUUCUUUUCUGUGCCUGCUUCGAUCGGCUUCUUCUCCUUGCACGGUGUGUGCAUCGCAGCAAGCGGCGUGCACGGUGUUGAUUUUAUUGAUUCAAAGACGAAGAAAAGGUGCUACCCCCUUGGUCCGUCGUUCGGCAGUUUGUGAAUCGUGAGUUGAAGAAAAAGAAAGUUCCCAGCUCUUAAAUCAAGUGGUGUUUGUGUACGUUCGUUGGGGCUACGUUGUCAUCUCCCGUGUGGCAAUCCCCUAAUCGGAAAAAAAGAAGGUUAUAAGAGCUGUUUUCGAGCGAAGAAAGUGGUUUUGGUUUCGAUUAGAAUAAUUUUACAUUGUUUGCUGAUAAACCGAAAAAAAAACACAGGAAAAAUGGCAAUUCAGAUGACCGAUAUGUUGUACGAGAACCCGCUGGAUCACUUCCUGACGCUGUUUGUGGAUUUCUUCAUAUUCUUCGUCAAGUCGAUCUACUAUACCUUGGAAACUUGUGUGCUGUCCUGUAUUCCCUAUCGAUUCCGGAAACUGAAGGAUGUGUCCGGCCAAGUGGUACUAAUCACCGGUGGAGGCGGCGGAGUGGGACGAAUUCUGGCGCUGAAUUUUGCCAGACUCCGCACUCGGGUCGUCAUCUGGGACAUCAAUAAGGAUGCGCUGAAAGGCACCGCCGACGAGCUGGAAGCCGAGGGUUACUACUGCCACACCUAUCUGGUGGACAUCUCCGACCGGGAGCAGGUGUACGAGGUGGCCAAAAAAGUCAAGCAGGAGGUCGGCAACGUGGACAUUCUGAUCAACAAUGCCGGAAUCGUGGCUUGUCGGACGCUGUGGGAUCUGUCGGACAAGGCCAUCGAGAGUACCUACGCGGUGAACAUCUUGUCGCACUACUGGACCACGCGAGCUUUUCUGCCGGAAAUGAUGAACUCCAACAAAGGGCACAUUGUGACGGUUGGAUCCGUGGCUGGACUGCUCGGAACGUACGGAUGUACCGAUUACAGUGCCACCAAGUUUGCAUGCGUUGGAUUCCAUGAGGCGCUAUAUACUGAGUUGAAGACCCACGGCUACGACAACAUCCACCUGACGCUGGUCUGCCCGUACUACAUCAACACCGGAAUGUUCGCCGGCUGCAAACCACGGCUGCUGCCCAUGCUGGAACCGAAGCACGUCGCCGACAGCAUGGUUAAGUCGAUCCUGAAGAACGAAGUCAACUGCACCCUGCCGGACAGCGUUCGCGUCUUCUUGCCCCUGAAGUGCCUACUGCCUGCCAAGGUCUGCUGGGAAAUGAUGAGCCGCAUCAUGAAGGGUCCCCAAACGAUGAUGGGCUUCCGCGGCCGAGGAAAGGCCACCGCCGGCUAGAGGGCUCUUCUGGCAAGGAACGGUGGGGACGUUCUUUUCUUCCUUUCAGUAAAUUAUUACCGAUGGCUGCUACUAAAAGAUUCCGGGAUUCUUCGACUCGGGCGCUGACGAAGAUGCUCAAAUUUUAUUUCGAUUUUUUUUAUAAAAUUAUUUAUGAUAUCGACUCAGAAGAAGAUUUUCUAGAAUUACAGAUUUUAUCCUUAAUACAGAAACCUUAAGCCUAAAAUAUCUAUAAUCGACAUCCUAGCCUGUAAGAUGUAUUGUAACUACUUUAAAAUUUAAAGUACUUCCAAAUAAACGAAAUAUUUCGAAAACUCUA